AUGAGCGCUCUUGUCGAGAUGAUCGACGAGUUUCUUGAAACCCACAAGCCACGGGGUUCUCCCGCCUCCCAAAGCGAGAGUAUCUCUCAAAUGCUUACUUUGGCAAGUGAAUGUGCUUGGAACGGCGUCAUGAACUGUGUUCCCGUCGUUUCGUUUCUUUCGCUCGGAUCUGUCGAGCUCGCCCCCCGCAGAUCUUGGAGAAAGCUGCCCACUGAUCCGCCCCCCGUCUCGAUGCCCUCUUCUUCCUUAGCCGCGUGUGACGCGCCAGCGUGCGACGCGCCCCACACGUGUAUAUCACCGGUGUCUACGCAAUCCACUCAGACAGAGAGGAUGAGGGAGAAAGCUGCGCAGAUCCGCAAGAGCUUCCAGCGUCCAAAGUUUUGGGUCUUGGGCUUUGGCUGGUGCCUGGCGGCUUGCGCUGGUGCUGCAAACGUCAUAGCUUUCAAGAGCUGGCACCUGUAUGCAUCACAUGUGACUGGCAGUACGUCUGCCAUGGCUUUCCGAUUGGAAGGCUAUCAUCAAGGAGAAUACGGAUCAGAGAGCCUGAAAGAGGCUUGCUUUUUAGUACUGUCUUUCCUACUUGGAGCCUUUGCAUGUGGUGUUUUGAUUGACAAGAAUCAAGUCCACUUCUUGGGCAAGGCCUUUUACGGCUUGGCGCUUGUGUUGAACUCAACCUUGCUGGUGCUAGCCGCAUUUCUUCCAGGGCGGCUGCUUCCGGUUUGCUUUGUCGCUGCCGCCUGCGGACUUCAGAAUGCCAUGUGCACUUCUCAUUUCGGUGCCAUCAUUCGCACGACACACGUGACAGGCACUGUCACCGACAUCGGCUCCACACUGGGCCGUAUCAGCAUGGUCUACCUUCGCAAGGGUUGCCGUCGUUCGCGCUUGGAUGACGUGGAGCGUGCGGAAGUGGGUGUGGACGGUCGAAAGCUUGGGGUGCUCUUUGGAUUGUGGAGCUUCUAUUUCAUUGGUGGCUUAAUUGGGAUUUAUAUGGAGAAUGUUGUUCCCUCGCCGCCUCAGCGAGUUCUCCUACUCCCUGCCACCUUCACUGGAAGCUUGGGCGUCUUCUACAUGGCCUGUCGACAGAUUUUGAAGGACUACAUUAAGAAGUUAGAGAAGGAGCGCUUCGAAUCCGACCUGGAAGAAGCUCAGAAAGUCUUGUCGCACAUGGGCAGCCGGUUGCAGACGCUCGAGCACAGUGACCACUUAGUGGUUGAAUGGGAUGCAGAGAUGGGUCACAUGUUCAAAGCACUUCAUGAAGUGGAGACAGGCUUUGAGAUUUUAUGCCACCAACACAGCCAGGUCCUCGAACAAGAGAAUUCAACCUGA